AUGACAUCAAGGCAGACGCAGGCCUCUGAGGCUGCACUGAUUCCCCUGUUCCUGGGCAAACAGCGAUGCAAUAUUACCUUUGUCCUGGACAGUUCGGACAACAUGAGAGCUGUUCUGGGCUCAGUAAAACGCCUGCUGAUCCAGACCCUGCUGACGAAAGCUUCCCUCAGGGACUCGCUCUUCAACAUUGUGACUUUCUCAAGCCAGGUGAACUGCUGGUCCCCACACAUGCGUGGCUGUGCUCCAGACACGGUAUACACAGCUCUGUCCUGGAUUCACUCCAUCAGCUGCAGCCCUGGCAGGGAUCUCUUGGCUGCCCUGAGUGUGGCUCUCACUAACCCCCUCUGUCAGGCCAUCCACCUGCUCUGCACAGACCUCCUCGAGCAGCCAGAGGCCCUGCUAAGAGCCCUGCCUGGCCUGGCUGCUGGGAGGCCAGUGAACAUUUUCUACCUGCAGGACUCAGGCAGUGAGCUGGACAGAAACGCCAGAGACUACCUGCAGUGUCUGACCCAGUCCACAAGAGGGAGCUGUUAUAUGAUUCCAUUUGAUUUGAAUGGAGUGUUGGAAAAAGUGAUUCCUCUGUAUGUUGCUAAGAGCCGAUCAUCAGUACCAACUGUCUCUCCAGCCAAGUGUUGCUGGAGUCACCACACGCCUUCAUCCCUCUUCAGGUGUAGUCUGGGUAAUCAGCUUCAUCCGUUUACCUCGUGCAUGCUGCCUGGUCAGAGCCUGGCUGGUCCACAGUUCUUUCCAGGAUGCAGAGUGCUGGCCAGGAGAGAGAUGGAUGGUCUUUACUACUUGGCCACUGUGAUACAGCAAGUACAGGGCCGCAGGGGAGUUUGGAUGAUCGAGUUUGACCAUCCAGGAAGUGUUAGUUCAGGUGUUGUCUCCUCUAAGUGCCAGCUGGUUUGUUCACUCGACAUGGUCAACGACAGCAGGGCUCAGUCACACUGUCUCGUACCUGGAGAUGUUGUGCUGUCGCCGUGGGAACCAAACCUGAAGAGAUUUGGUCCAGGGCGAGUGAUUGCAGCCACAGAGCACAGAGAUAGUUUUAGAGCUGAUGCUGUUACAAGCCUCCGGGUGCUGAUGUGGAACAGUUGUGUGUCUCUGGUUCCUGGCAGCCUGGUUUUGCCUGUUUCAGCUUCUCACUACGACAGAAUAGUCAGGGAACUUCAAAUCCAAACACCAGCUCCAAGUCCAUAUUGCAGUCGGCUUUGUGCCCGCAGCUCCUCCUGCACUCCCCAGAUGUUCUGCACUGACUGCUGCCAGUCAGCGUCUGCUUCUUGCUGCUGUUCAGUUUCAAACCGCUGGCCCUACAUAGCUCCACACAGCUGCAGGGCCAGUCUCGGAGGAAGCGAUAGGUUUGACAGGGCAGAGCAACAUAAGCAGGUGAAUCUCAGAAAUGCAGAUGUGAGAAAAGACGACUCCUCCUCCUCCUCCUCCUCCUCUUCUUCUUCUCUUUCUGAGGAUGAAACCAGAGCAUCGAAUUCUCCUGCCAUGAAGCUGAACAGUAAACAACAGCGUCCUCCCUGGAAGUACUGGAGAAGAACCGGGCCAGAACCACAGCACAGACAGCCAGGGAGUGCACCCCCCAGGAGGUCAUCACAACCUUUCAGGUUCAGCUUCUCUGUCCCACAGAUCAGCACCUCACCAAAUCACAGCUCCCUCUUUCAGUCACUUUCUGGUAGUAAAGAAAGAAGAGGCAACAUCAGAGAUGUUUUUGGAAUGACACACUUCAAACCUCGACCACCAGUGGGACUGCAGUCUUUCACCGGAAACAAGGCCACUACCAUUCACACAUAA